CGAUUUGAUUGUGAGCAGUGCAUCACUUCACAGACUACUUUUCGGACUGCGUGUUCGUAAAGGAAAGACUGCGUGUUUGUCUGAGAAUUGUGUAUUAAUAUCGCGGUGUACUUUUUGGACUACUUUGCGGACUGUGUGUUUGCAAGGGAAAGACUGCGUGUUUGUCUGGGAAAAAACCGCCUGUGUGCUUGUGUAUGUGACCUUUCACGGACUACUUUGUGGACUGCGUGUUCGUAGAGGAAAGACUGCGUGUUUGUCCAGGAAGAAUGAUAAAAAUUCAAAGCGGAUAAAUUAUUUUUGGGAGUUGCAAAUGAAAAGACAAAACAUACGAAUGGAGAUAAAGUUACUCGAAGAGAAAACCGAAUUACUUGAGAAGGAACUGUCACACCAGAUUGCUCUUGAACAGACCCGACAUAUUCUGGAUGCGACGAGGGAGACUCGUAAUCAAGGUGCUUUAUUACAAAGUGAAGUUACGACAAAAAUCAAAAAACGCAUGUUGGAUAAAUCGGAUGCACCAUGUGAACAACCAAAAAGGAGAGUGAAAGCUACUAAUAGAGUUGAAAGUGCAGAACAUUAUUCCAAGUCUUAUGAUCCGGAAGAGUGCGAGGAAGAAUGUAUUAAUGUGGAACAAUACGAAGAAAUUAUAAGUGAUGAACAAAACGUUUCCAAUGAAAUAGAUGAGGGGGAUGAGACCGAAUUUGAAUCAUUGAAUUCUUCACCUCCUUUGUCCGAGGGUGACAAUGGUUCAGUUUACACACCAAGCGAUAUUGAAGAUCAAAACCCUCCACCACCGUUAAUGCCAUCACAGCUCAAAGAUUUUCACAAAUACUUCACAGAUAUGAGUAAAGCUCAUAAAUGGGUUCUUACAUCUGGAAAGUGUAUCGAAGAUACUCUUUUUGAACACUGCAAGGAACUGCCAAAUGAAUCACUCUUACAUUCAUGGAUUAUUGAUCUUGAUGACCAAGAGGCAGAAGAACUAUUUACUAUAGAAGAGUGGAAAGAAAUCUAG